AUGCCAGAACAUCAACAUCUCAUUGUUGACAGUGGUGCCUUAAUUCAUCUUGUUGAUCUUUUGAAGAGGCACAAGAAUGGCUUAACGUCUCGUGCUAUUAAUAGUCUCAUUCGUAGGGCUGCGGAUGCUAUUACUAAUCUUGCUCAUGAAAACAGCAGCAUUAAAACUCGUGUCAGGAUGGAAGGUGGAAUUCCACCACUUGUUCAUUUGCUUGAUUUUGCUGAUGCAAAGGUACAAAGAGCAGCUGCUGGUGCUCUACGAACUCUGGCUUUUAAAAAUGAUGAAAAUAAAAAUCAGAUUGUUGAAUGCAAUGCUCUUCCAACUUUGAUUUUAAUGCUACGUUCUGAAGAUGCUGCUGUUCACUAUGAAGCGGUUGGUGUGAUUGGAAAUCUCGUCCACUCUUCACCUAAUAUAAAGAAAGAAGUUCUUCUUGCUGGAGCUUUACAGCCAGUUAUUGGAUUACUUAGUUCCUGCUGCUCUGAAAGCCAGAGAGAAGCAGCCUUGUUACUUGGACAAUUUGCAGCAACUGAUUCAGACUGCAAGGUUCACAUUGUACAGAGAGGUGCUGUCCAACCCUUAAUAGAAAUGCUUCAGUCGUCUGAUGUACAACUCAGGGAAAUGUCUGCUUUUGCAUUGGGGAGAUUAGCCCAGGAUGCACAUAACCAGGCUGGUAUUGCUCAAAAUGGUGGCUUAGUGCCAUUGCUCAAGCUUCUUGACUCAAAAAAUGGGUCUUUGCAACAUAAUGCUGCUUUUGCUCUUUAUGGCCUUGCAGAUAAUGAGGAUAAUGUGUCCGAUUUCAUUAGGGUAGGUGGAGUUCAGAGACUGCAAGAUGGGGAAUUUAUUGUUCAAGCAACCAAAGAUUGUGUAGCCAAGACAUUGAAAAGAUUAGAGGAGAAGAUUCAGGGGCGUGUGCUGAACCAUUUAUUAUAUCUCAUGCGAGUUUCAGAUAAGGGUUGUCAAAGACGAGUUGCUUUGGCUCUUGCGCAUCUUUGUUCUCCAGAUGAUCAGAGAAAAAAUUUUAUUGAUCACCACGGUCUUGAGUUGCUUAUUGGGCUUCUUGUCUCAUCCAGCUCUAAGCAGCAACUUGAUGGUGCUAUGGCUUUAUGCAAGUUGGCUAAUAAAGCCUCGACCUUGUCUCCUGUGGAUGCUCCUCCUCUUUCUCCAACACCACAGGUCUAUUUAGGAGAGCAGUAUGUAAACAACUCUACAUUGUCUGACGUUACAUUUUUGGUUGAAGGCAAGCGAUUUUAUGCACAUAGAAUUUGUCUACUUGCAUCUUCAGAUGCAUUUCGUGCAAUGUUUGAUGGUGGUUACAGGGAGAAGGAGGCAAGGGACAUAGAGAUUCCAAAUAUUAGAUGGGAGGUUUUUGAGUUGAUGAUGAGAUUUGUGUAUUGUGGAUCAGUUGAGCUCACUCUGGAUAUUGCUCAAGAUCUUCUUCCAGCAGCUGAUCAAUAUCUUUUGGAAGGACUUAAGAGACUCUGUGAGUACACAAUUGCACAGGAUAUAUCACUAGAGAAUGUUUCAAGUAUGUACGAACUUUCAGAAGCCUUCAAUGCAAUAUCACUGCGGCAUGCAUGCAUCCUUUUUAUCUUGGAGCAAUUUGAUAAAUUGAGUGCAAGGCCAGGGCACACUCUUCUGAUUCAGCGUAUAAUACCAGAGAUCCGCAAUUACUUUGUUAAAGCUCUUACAAAAGCCAACUCCCAUAACAACCGAUUGUAG